AUGGCGGCGGGGGCGGCAGGUCUGCGGCGGCUGGGUCGGGAGGCGCGUGCCAGCCUGGCCGCCUUCCUGCUGGGCGCUUCGGUGGCGGCGCUGCCGGUGGCGCUGGGCUCUCCUGCUGCGCUGCUGGUUGCCCCCGGGCUGCGCGGCCGCCUGGCCCUCGCCAUACACGUGGCGGCCGUUAACGCGGCGCUGCUGCUGCUGUACCCGCGGCCGCUCUACAAGAUCGCCGUCCGGGCCUGCUUCCUGGGCUUCGUGUUCGGCUGCGGGCUGCUGCUCAGCGUUGGCCGCUCCGCCUGGCGACACUUUGGCUGGUACAUGUGCUCCCUCUCCCUCUUCCACUACUCGGAGUAUCUGGUGACAGCCAUCAACAACCCACGCAGCCUCUCGCUGGACUCCUUCCUGCUCAACCACAGCUUCGAGUACAACCUGGCUGCCCUUUCUUCCUGGGUGGAGUUCACGCUGGAGAAGUUGCUCUUCCCAGAGCUGAAGCAGAUCACCUGGCUGAGCACCGUGGGGCUGCUGAUGGUGAUCUUUGGGGACUGCCUGAGGAAGGCAGCGAUGCUGACUGCUGGCUCCAACUUCAACCACAUCGUGCAGAAUGAGAAGUCAGACACUCACACGCUGGUGACCAGCGGUGUCUAUGGGUGGUUCCGGCACCCCUCCUACGUGGGGUGGUUCUACUGGAGCAUUGGCACGCAGGUGCUGCUCUGCAACCCCAUCUGUGUGGUGGGCUACAUGCUGGCCUCCUGGCGCUUCUUCAGGGAACGGAUCGAGGAGGAAGAGAUCACUCUCAUCCACUUCUUUGGAGAGGAGUACCUGGAGUACAAAAGGAAGGUGCCCUCAGGCCUCCCUUUCAUUAGAGGAGUCAAAGUGGAACUGUAGCCUGGGUGAGCCCCGGACUGGCUGAGCGAAUGCCUGGCUCCAGGCGCUGCAGCACAGGGUCGCUGCACCGGGAUCA